AUGAUAGUAACGUUUAAAAAAAAAUUUUUUAUAAAUUUUUCAGGUAUUUUAUCGAAUUCAUCAACGAAAUGGAUAUCACAACAUCCGGCAGUGUUUAAAAAACAACAAAUAAUAAGAAAAAAUUUAACGAACAACAGCAACAGCAGCAGUAGCGGAAGCAACAAUCAGGCUUACUAUUGGUCAUCGAUUGGGAAAAACUUCAAAUCGCAAGAAAAAUAUAUUAAUAAUAAUAAUAAUAAUGAAUUAUUAUCUAGUCAUGGAAAUCGUCGUUGUUGGGACGAACUUGGAGGAGAAAGUUCGUUAGACGGAACGACGGAUAGAAAAGAAUUUUCAUCGUCAACGCCAACGAAAGAAGUUGGGUACAGAACAACAAACGACAACAAUCGAAGAAUGAUGAGUCUGGGCGAGGAGGAAAUGUCACCGAUAUUAAAAGAAAACAUAUUCGGUAAAAAAUCUAAAAUGACGUCAGAGGAAAUAUUUGCGGCAAUACACAAAUCAAAGAAAAAAUUAAACAUGAAGGAUGUGGAAAACAGGUGCGAAAGUCCGACAUGUUGGACGAAUCCGGAUAUCGGUGGGAAUAAAAUUCUGGUGACGAAAUCGAGAGAAAGAUCAAGUUGGUCACCGAACACGUCAGAAGAUUUGGAUUAUAAAAUAAACGAAGCAAGAAAUAGAAAAAGUUGGAUAGGAACGAAUGGCGGAGGUGGUACCAACAGCACCAACAGCAACAGCACUCCUAUAAAUUCGUUUAAAAAACUCCUUUUACAACAGGGAAGUAAAAAUUCACCAUCGAAAGAUUUAAGAAUAUCAGCCGUGGAACAAUUAAAACUAUCAAAAAACGGAAACGGAAACGUCGAAUCGUCAUCGACGUCAUCGUCAUUGACGUCAUCAUCAAAUCGUCGAGAUGUUAAUAAAUCGCCAUCGAGAACCGUUGGAGGUAACAGGAAUAAAUAUUUAUGGAAAUUUUCAUCUCCCAGAUCGGAUGUUCUCUCUUCUACAAUACCCGAAGAUUGUAGCGAAGUUGAGAAAUCUGAUGAUGCGGAUCAUGACGUCAUCGGUAUUAAUAAUAAUAAUAAUGAUAAAGACGAAACGCCGCGGUGGGUUCGAUCUAAAGGUUUAGAUUUUGUCAAGACAAAUAUCCGCGAUGGUAAAUUUGAUGAUGAAAUGAUGACGUCACGACAAACGGGUGAAAGUAAAUCCCUUGAAAUAACUAAAAAAUAUUUACAACAAGCGAGAAGAAAUUUUUUCAACGGUCAAACCGCAUCCCAAUCUUUUCUUACGAAAAAUUCUGUCGGUCUCCCACGUCUUCCCGUACCUGAAGGAUCCUCCGAUGACGAAAUCAAUUCUAAAGUGAAAAGAAAAAAAAUCAAAUUAUAUCCCUUGAAACGGCUCUUUGAAAACUAUGACGUAACAAAUGACGUCAUUGAUAAUUAUUUAUGA